UCUCUUAUCUCAACGUAAUGUAAAGAGGAGGGGCCGUAAAUGAGGAACUAAGACGAUUCUGUCCAUACAGGCCAACACCCACUAAAGUUGUCAAGAAAACUCAGAAACAUUCUCCUAAAUCUCCACCACGUCCAUUCAGAGUAACGGCUGUCGCGCAUCUCUGAAUCCAGCGGCAGCGCUUCAGCAGUGUUCUCAUCUCUUCAUCUGAAGACUAAAACCUUUCCUCCAUCACAAUGGCAGCGUUGGGCAACCGUGGAACCGUGACUGAGGCAUCAGGCUUCAAACCAGAGGAAGAUGCCCAGAAACUUUACAGUGCUAUGAAAGGAACUGGUACCAAUGAGGUGACUAUCAUCGAGAUCCUCGCCCAUCGCACUAUUGCACAAAGGCUGAAAAUCAAGGAGGCUUUCAAACAAAGCGUGGGAAAGGAACUGGUUGAUUGCUUGAAGUCAGAGCUUACUGGAAACUUUGAGAAGGUUGCGGUCGGCCUGAUGAUGCCCGCCCCAGUGUAUGACGCGUAUGAGCUGAGAAACGCCAUCAAGGGUGCAGGGACAGAGGAGGCAUGUCUCAUUGACAUCCUGGCCUCAAGAAGCAAUGCUGAGAUGAAGGAAAUCGUUGCUACUUACAAGAAAGAAAAUGACAAGAGUCUUGAGGACGACAUCUGCGGAGACACGUCUGGAAUGUUUCAGAGAGUUUUGGUGUCUUUACUCACGGCUGGGCGUGACGAGAGCACCAAGGUGGACGAGGCUCAGGCUGUUCAGGAUGCAAAGGACAUCUACGAGGCAGGCGAAGCUCGCUGGGGAACAGAUGAGGUCAAGUUCCUCACUGUGCUGUGUGUGAGGAACAGAAAUCACUUACUCCGAGUGUUUCAGGAGUAUCAGAAGAUUUCUGGAAGGGACAUUGAAGACAGCAUAAAGAGGGAGAUGUCUGGCUGCCUGGAGGAUGUAUUUCUGGCAAUAGUGAAAUGCUUGAAAAACAAGCCAGCAUUUUUUGCUGAAAGGCUUUACAAGUCAAUGAAGGGUUUAGGCACCACAGAUAGCGUGCUGAUCAGGAUCAUGGUGGCUCGCGCCGAGAUCGAUAUGCUCGACAUCAAAGCAGAGUUCCUGAAGAUUUAUGGAAAGACCCUUCACUCCUUUAUAAAGGGUGACACGUCGGGCGAUUACCGUAAGAUCCUGUUGGAGCUGUGCGGAGGGGAAAAGUAACAUGUUCGCCGUGUUCAUUAACGUGAAACGCUGUCUCUCACACCAAGUCUACAGCAUUUCAAACACAUUCCCUGUUUGUAAUACCAAUUAAAACUGAACAGUGAUGUUUUAAAUGAGAUUCAUGUUUUUUUUGCUUAUUGCCUUGGAAUUUAUGGGAGUUCUUUAUAGAUUGGCACAUCUUGGUGUUUGUCAAAAAAAUAAAAGGAGAAAAGAACAGCCCGUAUUGACUGUAUUGAUCUGUUUUAAUUUCUUAAUCUCAGCACACUCGUUGAGGUCCAUUUUUGUAAUUACUCUGAGUAUAAUUUGUUUAAUGUACAACAUCUAUGUGUACUCGGUCCAAUUUUACUAAUUGCUCACGGUUGUUUGCAUAAGUAUAUGAGAUCAGCAUAGUUUCUCUGUUUUUCUAGAUUACAGGUUUCACAGACUACCUGCCUCAAUUUAAUCAAGUGCAACAUAUUAAUCAUAUGAGUGAAUGUGGCAUCUGUCAGAAUUAUGGGGAAAAUGACUGACAAAAAAAAGUGUAUUUAAACUUUUAACACUAAGUGGCGCUAUGCAUGUUUUCAUGUGCAUUCCUCUGAGUUACAAAGAAUGUUACUUUUGUGGCUUGAGUUAUCAUACAUUGUAUGUCUAUGAAACAGAUCAAUUAAAAAGUUCCACGAA